CGUUCAAGCGUUCCACGGGGCAUAUAAAGACCUCGGAGACCUUAAACGUUGAGCGAGCGAGCUACAGCGAAGCGGCCAAGAAACUUGGUUACUUAUUUGAGCUGGGAGCGGUUUGAGAGGGAACGAGCUCUCCGACAUACACACUCACCCACAGACUGACUGCGAGAUUUUGCCACUCUCUACGCUUUCAUCGAAUUAUCUUUUUCGUCCAAGGGAAAAUAAGUCGGGAGAGAGGGAGGCUGGGUCUACUUUGUUGAGGAGGAGGCGGAGAAAUCGACCACUGGAUAGUGUUGUCUAUUUGUGAGCACUGACUCUCAAUCCAUCCAUGCCAGCUCACACACCGGCUGUGGUCCUGUCGGGAGGAAGAUGAUAGAAAUGUCGGUUGACAAAGAGACUGUUUUACCGCGGGGCGGUCACCCGGAGCCCCGGGGACCCGCGGAAUGUGCCGGAAAGUGCCGCGGCAGCGAAGCCGGGGGGGCGGAGGUGGACAGCCCCGCGCCCCCCCCAGCGGCUCCGUCCUGCGCGGGGGGGGCCUCGUUGGCGGGAAGCGUGGUUCUGGCAGAGCGCCCGGCCCAAGCCGAGCAGGGAGCCGGCGCAGGCCAUGGGGCCGAGGGACCGGGGCAGGGGGGCGGGACCGGGGACGACCCCGCCCAGCCCAGCGACACGACGCAGCCGGCGGCGGCGCAGGUGGGCCCGCUGCGGCAGAACAAGCGGCGGCACACGGCGGGGUGCGGCUUCAAGCCCCCGGGCCCCGGGAAGCGGCGGCGGCGGGCCCACUCGGAGAGCGACCCGGUGCUGCCCAGCAACUUCCUGCUGGGCGGGAACAUCUUCGACCCGCUCAACCUCAACAGCCUGCUGGACGAGGAGGUGAACCGCGCCAUCAACGCCGAGACGCCCGAGUCCUCGCCGCUGCCCGCCAAGAGCCGCGACCCCGUGGAGAUCCUGGUGCCGCGAGACAUCACCGACCCGCUCAACCUCAACAGCGACGGCGAGGUGCUGCUGUCGCCCCACCGCAGCGGCGGGAGGAGGCGGCACCGGAACCGCCAUCACCCCGGCGCGGGGGCGGGGGCGGGGGGAGGAGGCACGGGGGCAGGGGGAGGAGGGGCGGCCGCCGCUGCACAGCUCCACCCGGCCGUGUUGGAGGGUGGGCGGAGCAUCCCGGCCCAGCCGUCGUUGCCGUUGCCGCCGUCGUUGCCGGGCGUGGUCCCCGACGCCCCCAGGGAGGGGGCUGCGUCACCCGUCCCGCGGUCCCUGCCUCAAAACGAGCUGGGCACCUCUGCCAAGGCUCAGGCCCCGCCCAUCACUCCCUGCAGCUCCGCCCCUUUCCCUCAGACUCUCACUGCCUCAGGCCCCGCCCCUGCCACGCCCACUGUCACCCAGCAACGCAAACGCAGGUGUGACCCCUCCGGUGCUCUGCCCGGCACCCCGUAUAAAAAGGGGCGGGGCCCUGGGGCCGGGCCGGGGGGCAGGGCCUCGGGGCAGCCACACCCCCAGGGCCAGCGGCGUCCCGCCCACCAGCAGAAGAAGUUCCAGUACGGCAAUUACAACAAGUACUACGGCUACCGGAACCCGGGGUGCAGCGAGGACCCGCGGAUCCGCGUCAUGGAACCCGAGUGGUUCCGCGGGAAGCGCGUGCUGGACCUGGGCUGCAACACGGGUCACCUGACCCUGUUCAUCGCCCGAAACUGGCGCCCCGCCCACAUCGUGGGGCUGGACAUCGACGGCGGCCUGGUGCACGCCGCGCGGCAGAACGUGCGCCACUACCUGUCCGACAUGCAGGCCCAGGAGGCCCGCCGGGGCCCGGGGGGUGGGGCCAGGGGGCGGGGCCAGGGCGAGGGGGAGGAGCCAGCCACGCGGGAGGAGGAAGGCCUGCGGAAAGAUGGGGAUGCUGAGGGGAGACUGGAGGCGGAGUCAUGUGAAGAGGGAGGAGCUAAGGAGAGGGGGCGGAGUCAGGAGGAGGGCGUGGCCAUGGAGCUGCAGGGUGGGGGCAGCCCUUUGCGGUCAGUUGAAUGUGGGGGCACAAAUGGAGGAGGGGCGGAGAGUGAGGCCGACCCCACGGCGCCUCCUGCUGGUCCUGCGGAGCAUGACGCCCAGUUCCCUGUGUCUCUGCGGAUCUCCAGGGGUCCAAUCGCUGCACCCCCCCUGCCCGAUACGUCCCCCACCCCACCUGGGGACUUCCCCGCCAACGUCUCAUUUGUUAGGGGUAACUACGUGCUGGAGUCGGACGCCCUGUUGCACGCCCAGCGGGCGGAGUAUGAUGUCAUCCUGUGCCUGAGCAUCAGUAAGUGGGUGCACCUGAACUGGGGCGACUCCGGCCUGCAGCGCCUCUUCAGGAGGGUCUACAGCCACCUGCACCCGGGCGGAGUCUUCAUCCUCGAACCCCAGCCCUGGGGCUCCUACGGCCGCAGGAGGAAGCUCACAGACACCAUCUAUAAGAACUACCACAGCAUUCGGCUCAAACCGGAUCAGUUCUGCUCCUAUCUCACCUCUGAGGUGGGGUUCACCAGCUACGAGCUCCUGGGCACCCCGAAAAGCACGUCCCGCGGAUUCGAGAGACCAAUUUACAAGUUUUACAAAGGACCGUCCUGUCCCAGGAAGUGACUCUGAGCCUUGGCAGUGCCCGACCCCCAUCCCCCCCACCUGCCUGGGAUUUUGGGAAACUCAUUUGUUGCCUUGGAAACGUGAACACUGUCUGAUCAUUACAACACGUAGAGACACGGGGUGGGAAAGACAUGUGAUUCUUCACCUGAUAAACCACUGACUGAACUCUUAUGAUGCACCAGCACAGCAACCUCACACACAGACACACUUUCAGGAACUCUCUCUCACACACACACACACACAUACAUGCACACAGACACACACACACUUUUUUUUCUGAAAACGGUAUCUUAUGAAAUGUCGGCAGCAGUGGACAGGCUUGUGUUGAAUGUGAUUGAUGUUGUUGUUUGCUGGGUGAAGUUGGUAGGGGGGCGGGGCUCAGUGUCUAGCCAGACGAGAGGCCCCAAACACCACCCCCCCCCCCGCAGGAUACAGAGUGUGGGACACACCUGUGCCCCCAGGCCUUACCUGGGGGGUACUCUUCUCCGUUUCACUUCCAUAAAAGGAAAGGGUGCUGUUCCUUCUCUUCUUCACAUCCACUGCGUGUGCUCAUCUGUGAUUGGCCCCUGAAUGUGUCACCUGAUGUAUGUCAGCCAAUCAGAGGAGAUCGUGUAUUGAUGCACUAGCAAAUGCCACAGACCCACCUUUAACCAGGAAGUGUGUUUAUGGGGUGUGAAGAGCCAGUUAUGGGGUGUGUGUCAGAAGGUUGUGUGUCCGGCUGAUUCUCGUCUUCCUGCAGUUCUCUGGUCGUUGUUCAUUUUGGCUGCAAAAAUAUGAAUAACAUUACAUCCUCAUUAGAGUGUGGGUUGGUAGGGGGAGAUAUGUUUUGCAACCCCUUGAAUAUUUUUUUCUUGAACUGCAUAAAAAUGUAUUUGGUUGUGUGUGCCAAGUUAGAGUGAGGUCACUUGCUCAUUAUAGCCCUUUCCCAAUCUAGAACAGGAACCAGGCUGGCUCAUUAUACCCCUUUCCCAAUCUAGAGCAGGAACCAGGCUGGCUCAUUAUACCCCUUUCCCAAUCUAGAGCAGGAACCAGGCUGUCUCAUUAUAGCCCUUUCCCAAUCUAGAACAGGAACCAGGCUGUCUCAUUAUAGCCCUUUCCCACUGUAGAGCUGGAACCAGGCUGGCUCAUUAUAGCCCUUUCCCACUGUAGAGCUGGAACCAGGCUGGCUCAUUAUAGCCCUUUCCCACUGUAGAGCUGGAACCAGGCUCAUUAUAGCCCUUUCCCACUGUAGAGCUGGAACCAGGCUGGCUCAUUAUAGCCAAAAAUGCCCCCUGCCCCCCCACCAUCAUUAAGAGAUUCCCUCGUCAGUGACAAUCGUAUGUGUUUGUAAGGGUUGCUAAGGCAACCUUUUAAAAAGGUCAGGAAGAGUGGAAGUGCUUUAGGAGCGGUUGAGCCUGCUGUUGGGGGUCACACAGCUGAGUGUGGGGGUCAAAGGUCACCCAGGUGUGUUCAGUGGGGGGGUGAUGGGCGGGCCGUUCCACCUGUCGGACUCUGACCCUGAAGCCGCGCUUCCCCCGAUGAGAUCACCCGGCAUCGCUGUCCCCUCCCACAGACGGCUGCUUGUGGGUGUGUUUUCCAUUUUUAAAGCCGCGUUCCUUAAAUGUAUAUUGAUCGUACAUUUUGGAAAUCCCCCACACAGCAAUAAUGAAGUCCUUAAGUCCUCCUUAACAGACCUGUGUGGAGUGGGAUAAUGCAAAUUGAAACCGGAGACAGUUUACAUGUCGGAUCUUUAAUCUGAUUGGAUAUCGUGUUUCUUGGCCCUCUGCCGUCGCCAGCUAUCCCAGCAUGCCUUGCGAGCGGGAAAAGUCGGCUCCCAUCGAAAUAAAUGGAGCAUUGAAAUGAAGUCGCUUCAGCUUGAAUGGACCUCUCUCUCGAGCCGAAAUGGGGGUGGGUGUGUGCUCAGCUUCCUCUCUCUGCUGGAGAACUGCACCCACAGGAGGAAACCGCUAUAAUUGCAGCACGUCUGGGGAAGACGUGGUUCAGCUGGGUAUGAUGGCGUGAAGGAGAGUCUCUGUUUUGUUUUAACGAGGUAAAAGCUGAACUUUCUAGGUGCACACAAACAUGUUUUCAGAGUUUAAAUGUUUUAAACCCAUGUUGAGAAAUAUGAUGAUAAUAUUAAUAAUAAACAGUUGUUGCUAACUGGUUCUCUGCACUGAGAA